AUGCGAAAUUAUCGUACAACAACAGAUGUUCGUGGCGGCGUUGAUAUCCGGCCAAAUAGGAAAUGUUUUCCAUUUCACGGAUGUUUAUUUGCCCUCCUGCUACUGUUGAUUGCCAUAAAUGUUCCAUGGGCUGAGUGUCGUCCUAGCAGCGAUGAGGAUGAAUGGUUGCCACAACAUUUCAGUGUCGAUGAGCAAUUCAAGGAUGCCGAUAAUUUGGAGAUACACCAUGUCAAGUAUGUCGAUGGUAAAAUGGAAGAAGACCAUCCGGUUAUUAUGUACAAAGAGGAUUUUGUUGAUGAAGAUUAUGUCCCCUCAAAGAAUGCCACCAAACGUCAACGCAAAUACAAAGACAUAACACAUCGUCGUCGCCAAAAGACCACACCCAGUCCCGAAGUGGAAAGUGAAAAAAUCUACUUUGAUAUUUUGCCUGAAACACCAUUACUCGUCGAGGACGAAGAGGGUAAUGUAAAGGCACAUAAAAUCCAAUAUAAACUUCUGCCAGUCUCUCAAGAAGUCCAUGAUGAGGAUGCCACCACCAACAAAGAUAAACUCUUAAAAAGACCCAAAAAAUUUCAUCGUCGUAUAAGACGUGAUUUGGCUGCUAUAGCUGCAGGUGCCGAUGGACAUAGCAUACGCAAUAAACGUAAUCCCUAUUUCCGUCAUCAUGCUCCACAAAAUAUUGCCGAUGUUCAACAGCCUGUUCAAACUCAUUAUGUAUAUGUGAAGCACGCUGUUCCAGGCAAAAAACAUAAUGCCCUUGAUAUUCCGGUAGAAGGACCCAUUGAUUUCGGUAACCGUUUCGGUGAUAUUGACGAACCGGAUCGCGUUAUCUUUGGCCCAACACCUACUCGUCCUACCAGAAGACCCCAGGAAUCAAUAUUCCGUGAUCCCAGACCUGAAAAUUUUGAUUAUAGUUUCAUGAAUCCCCAAUCACAACCAUCAACAGAGGGAACCCCAGUAGUAAGUCGCCGGCCUGCUGCCACACGUGCUCCAGAGUCAAUUUUCCGCGAUCCGAGACCCGAAAACUUUAAUUUCUCAUUCAUGAAUGGAGUGCAACAAGCCUCAAAUGUGCGUACAACAACAGUUGCCCCACCACCGGCCUCUAAUGCUCGCGCCGAACCGACUGGUGUAUCACAAUGUGUUUGGGCCAUCGUAAAUUGUUGUUCAAGUCGUAAUUCGGAAAUUCGUUAUUCCUGCUUUGAACAGAACGGUUGUUAUGGAGCCUUCUGGGGUUUGAAUCCGUGUGCCGAACCAUUGCGUGAUAAUUUUGUUAGCUUUGUGGCUGAUUUUUAUAAUUAA